AAAUCUCGCAGACAGCCUGAGAGAGACAUGGCGGACACUUCCGGAACUCCUCCAAACUUCUCCUGGGUGGAGGUGAAUAAAGUGGCAGGACUUGCCUGGCCUUCCAGCCCAGCUCAUUACCAAUACUUAGUGAAGAAUGGGAUUAAACACCUGGUGUGCUUGUGUGAAUCCAAACCGCCGGGUUCUGAGAGCUGCUCGGAUCUCACACUGCACCACAUCGCCAUACUGGACUUCAGCCCACCGAGUCCGAGUCAGAUCCGCACCUUUCUCUCCAUCACUGAACACGCUGACACAGGACAGGCAGUUGCAGUGCACUGUAAACAUGGCCACGGGCGUACAGGAACCAUGCUGGCCUGCUACCUGGUGAAAACGAGGAAGAUCUCAGGAGAGGAGGCGAUUAAAAUGAUCCGCUCACUUCGCCCGGGGUCCAUAGAGACGCGUGAGCAGGAGAGAGCCGUGCUGGAGUUUGAGCUGUACCUCAAUUCAAAGACUGCUCUGUAAACACUGAGAUACAAACAAACACCAACCUGAAUACGGGCACAAAGUUUAUGGUAGUGUUCAAUCUUUUUCGAAUGAAGAUGUCUGAUCACGAUGAUGAUCAUUUCUCUGUGAUUGAGUUCGCGUUUUCCGAAGCAGUGAUGCUUUUUAACAUGAGUACGCUGUAAUGAGCUAGCACUCAGCUAGCACCCCUCCCCCACCCUCAAAUAAAAAUUGUAGAUUAGCAGACGAAUCAAGAAUGAAUGACAGUUGUGUAGGUCUUUUGAACUCUGAUAUUAACUGACCCCUGGAAGCCCCACCCCCUUUCAACAUCUUACAUUCGUCUCAGUUUUCCAAAUGCCGUAAUUACUAGGUGUAAUUCACACUUGAACGCCACCACAAUGUCGUAAUUACAACUCAGGAACCUGCGUUUUUUCUAUAAACCCCUUCCUUUCCAACUUGCAUCUGUCAGUACAAAAGUGAGAUUUCAGCGGUAAUCUUUGUGCUGUAUAUGGUUGUGGUCAAAACAGCACUCGUGACCGUGGCACGUUCCGAUUUUUUUUUUUAGAAUUCCAUCCGUGAUUGGGAAAGAGGGCGAGGAAACUCUGAGGCUUAGUACAGAGAGACGAGAUGAGCAGGGCUGAUCUAACAGAGGCUAAAACCAAAACAGCUCGUGUUUGCAGGAAUCAUUUUAUCUCAGGGGAGAUUCAAAAGCUUUCUCGAUAACAUCAUGGAAGAAUUUUAUUUCGUGUUGCCAGAAGUCUGCUAUAAAAUGAGCGUUCUCUUGUCGCGGUUCACUCGGUCGUUGUUAUAAUUUUAACACGUGUAUUACCAUUUCGCUUCGAGGAGCGCCAGCAAAAUUAUACGAUAGAAACAAUCCAGACUGGGCACCCACUCAGAACAUGGGCUACGUUUCGCCCAAGGUCAGACUUGAUUCUUUGGCAGCUGAUCCAGAUAGAACGCAAUAUCUGGGUACUCUAGGUGUCUUAUCUUCAGAAAAUGGUCGCCCUGCCAUGAACUGGAAGCUGAUGGAUCACUGUCUACAAUUCAGAUCACCAUGGACUAAGAAGCUGCUGUCCAAGAAAUAACCCCCUGCUCCAAAACUGACACCUUCAAGCAAUAACUAAAGUUUGAAGCUGAUCACACAGACAAAGAAAAAGCCUUCUGGAGGAAAGCUGUAUGGUCAGAUGAGACAAAGAUUGAGGGACACUGUACCAGCUGGCGGUGGUGGUAGGAUCAUCAUGCUCUGGAGCUGUUUUGCUGCCAGUGGAACUGGUUCAUUGCACAAAGUGGAUGGAAUAAUGAAGAAGGAGGACGACCUCAGAAUUCUUCAGCAUAAACUAUCAGAAACUUGAACACGACUUGGGAGUUACAACAGGACAAUGAACCCAAACACACAUCAGAGCUGGUUGUGGAGGAUAACGCAGGCGAACAUUAAGCUUAAAACAAGUCCUGACUUCAACCCUAUUGAAAAUACAUGGACCGGGCUUAUAAGUCGAGUCCAUGCCAAGAAAAAGAAACAAAUGUAAUUGAACUCCAUCAAUUCUACCCUGAAGAGUCGUGAAAUAUCCAACCAGAUUUCUGCCAGAAGCUUGUUCAUGGUAAACAAAAUGUUUGGUCAAGGUGACUCUUGCGAAGAGACAUUUUACCCAAAUAUUAGGUGUGCUGUAUGUAUAUUUUUGACCCUGCAUUGAUUUGAGAAAAUUAAAACUUGUGCACCAAAUUAUGAUGUUUUUCUUUUGUAUGCUGUACAAUCAUUCUGCCACAGAAAAAGAACAGUUCAAGAAAUUACUGAAAGCCCAAAUAUUGCCAUGACGUUCAUAUCCAAGAUGACAUUCACGUCACUGUAUGUAAACUUCUGACCACAACUGUAUAUAACACAGGGUACACUAAAGUUAUGGAAACUGAAAAGGGUAAAAAAUAAAAUUAAAUAAUGGCUGUAUGGAAAGAUUUCAUGCAAUUACAAGGGAUGUUGGACAAGGGAGUUGCGAAACGACAAUAUAUACAGUGGUGCUUGAAAGUUUGUGAACCCUUUAGAAUUUUCUAUAUUUCUGCAUAAAUAUGACCAAAAAUAUCAUCAGAUUUUCACACAAGUCCUAAAAGUAGAUAAAGAGAACCCAGUUAAACAAAUGAGACAAAAUAUUAUAUUUGGUCAUUUAUUUAUUGAGCAAAACGAUCCAAUAUUACAUAUCUGUGAGUGGCAAAAGUAUGUGAACCUUUGCUUUCAGUAUCUGGUGUGACCCCCUUGUGCAGCAAUAACUGCAACUAAACGUUUGCGGUAACUGUUGAUCAGUCCUGCACACCGUUGGAGGAAUUUUAGCCCGUUCCUCCGUACAGAACAGCUUCAACUCUGGGAUGUUGGUGGGUUUCCUCACAUGAACUGCUCGCUUCAGGUCCUUCCACAACAUUUCCAUUGGAUUAAGGUCAGGACUUUGACUUGGCCAUUCCAAAACAUUCACUUUAUUCUUCUUUAACCAUUCUUUGGUAGAACGACUUGUGUGCUUAGGGUCGUUGUCUUGCUGCAUGACCCACCUUCUCUUGAGAUUCAGUUCAUGGACAGAUGUGCUGACAUUUUCCUUUAGAAUUCACUGGUAUAAUUCAGAAUUCAUUGUUCCAUCAAUGAUGGCAAGCCGUCCUGGCCCAGAUACAGCAAAACAGGCCCAAACCAUGGUACUACCACCACCAUGUUUCACAGAUAGGAUAAGGUUCUUAUGCUGGAAUGCAGUGUUUUCCUUUCUCCAAACAUAACGCUUCUCAUUUAAACCAAAAAUGUUUUAUUUUGGUCUCAUCCAUCCACAAAACAUUUUUCCAAUAGCCUUCUGGCUUGUCCACGUGAUCUUUAGCAAACUGCAGACAAGCAGCAAUGUUCUUUUUGGAGAGCAGUGGCUUUCUCCUUGCAACCCUGCCAUGCACACCAUUGUUGUUCAGUGUUCUCCUGAUGGUGGACUCAUGAACAUUAACAUUAGCCAAUGUGAGAGAGGCCUUCAGUUGCUUAGAAGUUACCCUGGGGUCCUUUGUGACCUCGCCGACUAUUACACGCCUUGCUCUUGGAGUGAUCUUUGUUGGUCGACCACUCCUGGUGAGGGUAACAAUGGUCUUGCAUUUCCUCCAUUUGUACACAAUCUGUCUGUCUGUGGAUUGGUGGAGUCCAAACUCUUUAGAGAUGGUUUUGUAACCUUUUCCAGCCUGAUGAGCAUCAACGACGCUUUUUCUGAGGUCCUCAGAAAUCUCCUUUGUUUGUGCCAUGAUACACUUCCACAAACAUGUGUUGUGAAGAUCAGACUUUGAUAGAUCCCUGUUCUUUAAAUAAAACAGGGUGCCCACUCACACCUGAUUGUCAUCCCAUUGAUUGAAAACACCUGACUCUAAUUUCACCUUCAAAUUAACUGCUAAU